CUAUUAUAUGUGCCAUAUAGACAAUUUUUAAUUUCGAAUAAUAAUAGUUGCAUGCUUAAAAGAGAUAAAUUGUUAAUAUUUGGGAUCUAGAAAUUGACACAAAUGGGUCGCAACACAUAAUUUCUAAUUAGUUAUAUUUGUCGAAAUACUCUAGAUGUCUAAAUCGAAUGGCAAUGUCUAGCAACUGGUUAUUCCAGUCUACACUGAUAGUAUUUAUUGUGCAUGCUCUCCAGAUAAGAAUAUGACUUGUGGGAAUAUGUCUAGCCUCGUUCUUCUAGUCCCUUGUUACAAAUGACACUGAAAUGCAUUACACAAUUCGUGUACCAAUGGUUAAAUGUUUGUUUUGUCUCAAAUAUUGGAUAUCAGAAACCCAUCUUUUCCCCGUUAAGAUCACAAGAUCAAUGUUGAUUGAAAUUGACAAAUACUUUGUGUUUUCAAUGUCGCAGAUUUUGGAUGAUAUUGACUACUUUAAGUUUAAUUAUUUACCUAAUCUAAUUCCUUUACAUUUUAUUUUCAGCUUUUAUGAUGAUAUACAGUAUUUGGAAAACUUCAGAAUGUCAAAAUGUACAUUUGAAUAUCUGUGCAGAAUUUUGAGACCAUUUCUUGAGAAACAAGUAACAAGUAUGAGGGAACCAAUAUCUGUUGAGCGACAGGUUGGCAUAAGUUUAUGGGUUUUAGGGACCAAUGCUGAGUACAGAACUGUGGCUGCAUUAUUUGGGGUUGGCCGGUCAACCGUGUCUUCAAUUAUACACAUAUUUUGUGAGUCCCUGAUUUCGAUCAAGGACAAAUUCAUUAAAUUUCCAUCAGGUGAAGAACUGAAUAGAGUUGUAAAUGGGUAUCGGUCGAAAUGGGGAUUUCCAAAUGCAGGUGGAGCAAUAGAUGGCAGUCAUAUUCCUAUAUUAGGACCGAGCAUGAACCAUGCUGACUUCCAUAACAGAAAAGGGUGGUAUUCCAUCAUUGUUCAAGCAGUUGUGAAUGAUCGUUAUGAAUUCACAGACCUAAAUAUCGGGUGGCCAGGAAGUGUUCAUGAUGCACGAGUCUAUGCAAACUCCAAAAUAUAUGCAAAAGGGCUGUCUGGGACAUUAUUUGCUGGCAAGAUGAUUGAUGUCAAUAAUGUGCGCCUGCCUAUCAUCUUGUUUGGUGAUCCGGCUUAUCCAUUAUCCAACUUUCUAAUGGAACCAUACACAGACAAUGGACACCUGACCCAAAAUCAAAAGACAUUUAAUUAUAAGCUAAGUAGUUCACGCAUGACGGUAGAAAAUUCCUUUGGUCGCCUAAAAGGUCGCUGGCGCUGCUUAUUAAAGCGAUUGGAUAUGAAUGUUGACAAGGUCCCCAAUAUUAUUAUGACCUGUUGCAUACUUCAUAACAUAUGCGAACAAGCAAAAGACCCAUUUAGGGUUGAAUGGCUAGAGGAUGUAGCAAAGGGAGAAAACUAAAUGCCUCAGCCAAAUCAAAGUAACGAAGAGGCAAUCAAUGCAGACUGCACUAACAUUAGAAAUAUCCUGGCUGAAUACUUCCAGGAAUAAUUUAACCUUACAAAACAAAUAAUUAAGAAAGUAAUAAUUGACCAUACUGUUACAUACAC